GCCCAUCCCCGGCCCCGCCCCGCCGCGCCGCUCGCCGCCGGGCUAUCACUGACGUGUCUCUCGGCUGAGGAAAGGCGCUCAGGAGCUAGCAGCGUCGCCCCACUCGAAGUGGAGUGCAGCCGAAGCAGGGCGUGGAGUCGGAUCAGCCGCCGCCAUGGCGAUCAAAUUCCUGGAAGUCAUCAAGCCAUUCUGUGUCAUCCUGCCGGAAAUUCAGAAGCCAGAGAGAAAGAUUCAGUUUAAGGAGAAAGUUUUGUGGACAGCCAUUACCCUCUUCAUCUUCUUAGUAUGCUGCCAGAUUCCCCUGUUUGGCAUCAUGUCUUCAGACUCAGCCGACCCUUUCUAUUGGAUGCGAGUGAUUCUAGCCUCUAACAGAGGUACCUUGAUGGAGCUGGGCAUCUCUCCUAUUGUCACCUCUGGCCUUAUCAUGCAGCUCUUAGCUGGUGCCAAGAUAAUUGAAGUUGGGGACACCCCAAAAGACCGAGCUCUCUUCAACGGAGCCCAAAAGUUGUUUGGCAUGAUCAUUACUAUCGGUCAGUCCAUUGUGUACGUGAUGACGGGCAUGUACGGGGACCCUUCAGAGAUGGGUGCUGGAAUCUGCCUGCUGAUCACCAUUCAGCUCUUUGUUGCUGGCUUAAUUGUCCUACUUUUGGAUGAACUCCUGCAGAAAGGAUAUGGCUUGGGUUCUGGCAUCUCCCUUUUCAUUGCUACCAAUAUCUGUGAGACCAUUGUGUGGAAGGCUUUCAGCCCCACCACUGUCAAUACUGGCCGAGGGAUGGAAUUCGAAGGUGCCAUCAUUGCUUUGUUCCACCUGCUGGCCACCCGCACAGACAAGGUCCGAGCCCUUCGAGAGGCAUUCUACCGCCAGAAUCUCCCUAACCUCAUGAACCUGAUUGCCACCAUCUUCGUCUUUGCUGUUGUCAUCUAUUUCCAGGGCUUCCGAGUGGACCUUCCAAUCAAGUCGGCUCGUUACAGAGGCCAGUACAACACCUAUCCCAUCAAGCUCUUCUACACCUCGAACAUUCCCAUCAUCCUGCAGUCUGCUCUGGUGUCCAACCUGUAUGUCAUCUCCCAAAUGCUGUCAGCACGCUUCAGUGGCAACCUGCUGGUUAGCCUGCUGGGCACCUGGUCGGACACAUCAUCUGGGGGCCCAGCCCGUGCUUAUCCAGUUGGAGGCCUGUGUUAUUACCUGUCUCCUCCGGAAUCAUUUGGCUCAGUGCUGGAGGACCCUGUCCAUGCAGUCGUGUACAUUGUUUUCAUGCUGGGAUCCUGUGCAUUCUUUUCUAAAACAUGGAUUGAAGUUUCCGGUUCUUCUGCCAAAGACGUUGCAAAGCAGCUGAAGGAGCAGCAGAUGGUGAUGAGGGGCCACAGAGAGACCUCCAUGGUACAUGAGCUCAACCGGUACAUCCCCACAGCCGCAGCCUUUGGUGGACUGUGCAUUGGGGCCCUCUCAGUCCUGGCUGAUUUCCUGGGUGCUAUCGGAUCUGGAACCGGGAUCCUGCUGGCAGUCACCAUCAUCUACCAGUACUUUGAAAUCUUUGUCAAGGAGCAGAGUGAGGUGGGCAGCAUGGGAGCCCUUCUCUUCUGAGCCUUAUGUGCCCAUGGAUCAGGGUGAGGGCACAGGCUCCAGAACUGCCCAGAAAGGAUGCUCUUACCACUGGAGUAUGCUACUGUGGCAUAGGGACUUUUAAAUUUUUAAAUUUUUUUUGUAUUUCAUAUCUUUUCAUUCCAUUGUGUAAAGUGCUAGGAAAUUUCCAAUUGAAAUUUUGCUUUUUAUUCUGGCAUUGGCAAAAAAACAAUAGAAAUGAAUUGUUAGCUGACAGCCAGAGGGUGUGGUAACCAAUUGUUGCUAAGUAUCCAAUGUAAUUUUUAUUUAAACCCUGGCAGCUGCAAGGGUCCCUACUGCCCCCAGGCAGUCUGUGGCCCUGGAUGAAGGAAGCACAAACUAGGAGAUGUCUGCAUGUGUUUUCUGGGGAUCUGCUUAUGGGGAUUGGCUCUCGGGGUGAGGACAUCGGGCUUAGAACUCUGUGAGAUGCCAUCAAUCUGUAAAGCAGAUUUCAUAGGACAGAGCUGCUACUGGAGGAAUAAGUGCCCCAGAAGCUGGCCCACCUGUUACCCUGCAUGUGCUGUAGGUGGUGCAGCCGAGCUUGCAGACAGAUGAGGAGCAGCAGGAUCUGCCUGCCUGCCUGCCUGCCAUUGCCAGCAAGGCAGGGAUUCCAGGCUUUCCCUGGAGCCUAGCCAAGCUAGAUAGCUGGGCACCUGUAAAGGGCCUCAUGCUGGCCCUUCCCAGGUUCUCACUAGAAAGGGAGCUCCUGUGGUGGCCACCUCUGUCUUCCUACUGAGAACUUCCUGUUCCGGUUUUUAGAAUUUUUUUAUUGUCAUUAGGACCAAAUGUAGACUGGCUCAGGACCUGUAGGAAAAUCACACCAGGGUUUGGAGAUCUCUUAGGGAGGUUGCUCAAAAUCCUGUCUGAAGUUAAGGUGUCUGGGGUUAGGAGCUCAGUCCCUCGGUCCUGUAAGAGAGCGUCCCCUCAAGACAGACGCUGCCUAGCAGCAAGGGUGCAAGGCUGCGGUUUAAGUCAGAGCAAGUAGAGAUCGUCAGUUCACCUUAAGACACACCAGGGUCCAAGUUCACACAAGGAGGCAGGAGCCCUGGGGGAUGUGCAGCCAUAUGGUCACAGCCUGCCAGAUACACCUGGGUCCUUGUCACCUCAAUGGAAGUAGCAAAUGCCUCCCUGACUCAGGGCUCCUAGGGACCCUUGCUGCUGUGCUUGCCAGCAAAUGGCAAUCAAGGGACAAUUAAUCACUUGCCCCUACACAGGUCAGCAGCAGGGCCAGAUCCCUUGCCCACGGCCCAGAACUCACACAAUAUCACAUGUGGCCUUGUCUAGACCCAGUCCUGAGCAGAGGAGCCUGGUGCCCUCCCAGUCCACAGGGUCUUCCCACUGCCCAUUCUCUGCCCCUGCCACAGAGCAGCAGGGCUUCCCACCCACCUUAGGGCUCCACAGCUGCUGGCAGGCAGGUGCAGCGUCCCCAGCUCUGGGCUGUGCUGGGGAGCCCCAGCCUCAUCUGCUCCUCUUGCCAUCAGCUGAGCCUAGAAGCCUGUGGUUGAUGGUCACCAUUAUUGGGUGAAUGGGGAUGACCUGGCUUCCAAGAGGACUGUCACUGUGGACACCAAAAUGGCUUAACUGAGAUACAGUGAAAAAGUGACGAAUAAAACCAACUUUUUACAA